AUGUCAAUCGAAGAAGGCGCCCCAGCGAUAAGCAAGGAAGAGAAGAAACGAUUGAAAGAGGAGAAACGAGCUAGGAAAGCUGCCAAAGCAGCCACCGCCGCUGGUACUUCUGGUGAAUCAACUCCUGCCGAGAAAGAGAAGAAGAGGAAGAGUAGUGAAGAUGCAGUAGAAGAAACAGUAAAAGAGAAGAAAGAGAAGAAGGAUAAGAAGAAGAAGAGUAAACCUAUUGGAGCCGAUGGGGAUGCUCAACCUUCCGAGACUGUAGGCGGCGCAGAUGAACCACCAAAGAAGAAGACGAAGAAGUCGAAGACCGAAGAGACUGAAGAAUCAGCUACUCCCGCUGAAUCUUCCGUCCCCUCUGCAGAGGAACCUACUCCGGUGUUGAGUAAGAAACAGCAAAAGAAGCUCGCUAAAGCUCAGGCCGCCACUACCACCAGCACUACCGGUCCAUCAUCUUCUGUGCCAAGUAUUUCAACUGAAUUCACCGCCGAACACAACACCUAUCUCACCUCACAAAACAUCACUCUAACCCCUUCAGUCUAUCCUCCAAUCUUAUCUAUACCUUCGCUACCUAUUGAUCCCGCACUUCAACCAUUCCUCAAAUCAUUCUCUAAACCUACCCCAAUUCAAGCAUGCAGUUGGCCAGCACUACUGGCCAAGAGGGACGUAGUGGGUAUAGCAGAAACAGGAUCCGGUAAAACUCUAUCAUUCGGUGUACCGGGUCUCAACCACGUUUCAUCCCUCCCACCCGUGGGCAAGAAGGGCAAAGGUCAAAUUGCGAUGCUUGUCUUGGCACCUACUCGAGAACUCGCGCAACAAUCGCACGAUACGAUAUCGGCUUUUGGUAAAUCCGUAGGAAUCAAUUCGGUAUGCUUGUUUGGUGGUGUAGGUAAAUACGAGCAGAUAAAUGAGUUGAAAAAGGGAGAGACAAGGAUUGUCGUGGGGACGCCUGGAAGAACUUUGGAUUUGGCUGAUGCGGGUGAUUUGGAUUUGAGUAGCGUAUCAUACCUUGUGUUAGACGAAGCGGAUAGAAUGUUAGACCAAGGUUUCGAGAAUGAUAUCAGGAGAAUUAUAGCUCAUACGCCUGAUCAUACCAAAGGUAGACAAACUGUCAUGUUCUCCGCCACCUGGCCUGAAUCAGUCCGAAGACUCGCUUCUUCCUUCCUCAACGACCCUAUUCGAAUAACCGUCGGAUCAGACGAGCUUUCAGCUAACAAGAGGAUCGAGCAAGUCGUAGAAGUCUUGGACAACUCAAGGGACAAAGACGGACGAUUACUGUACCACCUGCGAAACCACUUGAAAGCUCACCCCAAUACUCCCACAUCCCCAACACGUAUAUUAGUAUUCGCCUUAUACAAGAAAGAAGCUCAACGUCUUGAAUACACCAUACGAAAAGCAAACUACAACGUCGGCGCGUUACACGGUGAUAUGACUCAGGACGCUCGAUUCAAAGCUUUGGAUUUGUUCAAGACUGGUAAACAGAAUGUACUUGUUGCUACGGAUGUAGCUGCGAGAGGGUUGGAUAUUCCUGAUGUGGGAUUGGUCAUCAAUGUGACGUUCCCUUUGACUACUGAGGACUUUGUCCACCGAUGCGGUCGAACUGGUCGAGCAGGCAAGACAGGUAAAGCCGUAACUUUCUUCACUGGGGAGAACCAUGAGAAAUCCUUAGCAGGUGAAUUCAUGAGAGUUUUGAGAGAUGCUGGAGCGGAUGUUCCAAAGGAGAUGGAUAGAUUCCCGACUACUAUCAAGAAAAAGGAGCACGGAUCAUAUGGUGCUUUCUAUAAGGAUACUAGUGAUGCGCCUGCUGCUACCAAGAUCACUUUCGAUUAG